AUUACAUAAUGUAUUGAAUACUAUGUGUAAGAAAUCAAGUAAAAUGCAAAGUUUAUAUACUAGGUGGUCUCACAAUAGUAACUCCUCUUCUAGACUGUAGUGACAUAUUUUUCUCUGUACUUGAAUGUAUAUGACAACAAAUUCGAAAUGGAGCUCAAUCAACUACAAGGUAUAGCUGUUUUAGAUCAGGCGGUUGAAGUAGAUCCACCAGACCAGCGACGUGAUGAUGAUAACUUUGAUCGCGAUCGCGUACACGCAAUAGCUGUGAGCCACGUCCAGCAAGUACUCGAUCAACCGGGCGGUGACCAGGAUCAUGGUGAACAUGAUCACGAGCAGCGAAAUGAAAACUUGUACGAUGGCAGACAGCUCAUUGAAAAUCAAUCGCAUCAGGGCGUAGAAGUUUCCUUCGCCGGACUGCAUGAUGGAUUUACAAAAAUUGUUAGGCACACAGGCCCCGGGCCUAGAACUAUUAUGAGGCCUCAAGAGGUUAAAUGCUAAAAAACGCUUGAUGAUUAGAGGCCUCAAGGUUUUGAUUCGCACACGGGCCUCGAGUGGUCUACUUACGGCACUGUAUGAUCAUCGUCAAAUAAAAACAGUAGAUAAAAAAUGGGUUUUAGCUGUUAU